AUGGCGUCCAGCCGGCGGGACACCAGCCACCCGGUUGACUCGCCUCGGUCAUCAUCGGCUCGGUCGACUCCGAGUGCUUCAGCGGCCCCCUCGCCGCGGUCUACUUCGCCAGCUCUGGCUCCCCCAUCGCACUAUCCACCACCGCCGUCGCAGCAGCAAGCAGCUCGCGAUGGCUUCCACACACACCACCACGCGCGCCAUCACGCCUCCUCGGCCAUGGUAUCCGCCGCCGCCCGGCAGCAAGCACCUUCAACCUUCCAGCACUUCCAGUCGCAACAGUACCAGCAAUCGCAGCAAUCGCAGCAGUCGCAGCAGUCGCAGCAGUCGCAGCAGUCACAGCAGUCGCAGCAGCAGCAGCAGCAGCAGCAACAACAACAGCAACAACAACAACAACAACAACAGCAGCAGCAGCAGCAGCAGCAGCAAUAUCACCCACGAGCACCCCAGUAUCAGUCGUCGCCACUUCUACAGCACUCAUCACAGCACCCAUCACAGCACCAGGCACAACAUCAUCAUCCCCAGCAUGUGAGCCAAUCGCACUUUCCCUCGCAGCGGUUCCCGCACCAGUUGAACCCUGACACCGGGGCCCCGCUGUUGCUCGGCCCCUCGCUGGCGGCCUCGGCACCUCUUCACCCUGGAUCGGGCACCGCCUCUCCCCUUCUUGGGCCGAGUGUUCCCCCCUCGCCGAUGCCCUUCGCAUCGCAGCAGCAUCCAGCGUCGUCACCGGGUGGCGGCUUUUUCGGGUCCGACGUCCCAUCGGCGGCCAGCUCGCGACGCUCGACCCCAGUCUCCGGAAGUUCCUUCUCCCACCACUCGCAGCUGCCGCACCAGCACCCCGCCUCGCAUCAGACGGCCCCGUCGUCACCCCUCGUCUCCGGCAGUGCUGGCGCCGCCACGGUGGCUGCCAUGGCGGGGGCUUCCCUUUCCACCAUUUCCGCUGUCGUCCCGCGCUAUCUCCCGGCCACCGGGACGGCCAUCUACCGCCUGCGUCUGACCAGCGUGCCACAUCUGUACGAGGUGCUUGUACAGCUGGAGUUUCCGGCCGGCCCCAUGGAGUCCGGCUCCGGGCAUCAUCACCAACAGCAGCAGCAGCAGCAGCAGCAGCAGCAGCAGCAGCAGCAACCGCAGCAGCUCUCCUCCGCCCAUCCGCCAGCCUUCAGCCUGGGUAGCGUGUUUGCCACGAACGCCUCACUUCUGACGACGUUGCGUGAGCAGAUUGCCGCCUCAGGUUUUGACUUGGCCGCGGCCGCCGCGGCCGCCGGGGCCGGGCAUCUCCUUCCCCCACACAUCCAGCCGGGAUCUGCUGCUCUCGGGACGGAUUUCGCCUUUCUCACUCCGGCAGGGUCCCUGGUGACCAUGCAGCAGGAGGCCACUCUGCCAAUUGAGACGAUUGCCACCACCGAUGCGCCGCUCGAUACCGCUCAGCUACUGGCCUCGCAUCUGGUCUCAGUGCGAGUGGCGCUCACUGGUCAGUCAGGUAGCCGGUUCGCGGCUGUUGGCGAGGCGGCUGCUUCGAUGCAUGGCCAGUCGGCGGCCAGUCCGGCUCUGCCCUACUUGUCGGCCGGGCGUCCUCCCUCCGGAUCGCCGGAGUACGCUGCUCGUGAUGCCGGUGCGGUGCCGCCGCCGCGCGAGCAGCAGCACCCACAGGGCGCCACGCUGACCGGACUGGCGACGGCGGGGCUGCCAGCGGCUUCGGAUGAGCGCUCUGCCACCGCGACUGGGGCCUCCGGCUCGGCUCUUGCCCCGGGGUCGCCAUCGAGCUCCGGCAGUCUGCCCGAGCACUUCACCGCAUCGGGGUACCUGUGCACACAGCCUCCUCGGCGGCGCGACUCCUUCCUCCUGACUGGCGGGCCUGGGCAGUCGCCGCACGGGGGGCCAGCGUCCCAUGGCAGCUACCCUUCCUCAUCGUCGCUGAUUGGGGACUUGCCGACCAUCCGAGCCCUGAUGGCCACCUCCUCCCCUCUGGCCAGCUCCUUCCACCACUCCCAUCCGUCCCAUCAAUCUUCCUCCGGCCUUAGUGCCUCCUCGAGCGCGUCGGGAUCGGGGUCGGGGUCGGGCUUGGCGGGGGGUCCCUUCCACCACCACCACCACCACCACCACCAUUCCCACCACCAUCCGCACUCGCCCCAUCAUCCCCAUCACCCGGCGGGGGGUUUCCACGACUCGGGCAGUGCGUCACCCGGCCGGCGGCCAGUUCUCCUGGAUGCAUCCGCCGCCGAGGGUGGCCUCUUCGACGAAGCAGCAGCAGCAGCAGCAGCAGCCGGUCAGGUCAGAUCCCCCGACGCCGCGGCCCCUGGCUCCUCCUUGGAUACCAGCCUCACUGGUGGGGGCUCGCAUCACCAGUCCCAGAAUGCCCAUGGCUUCGCGGAUGUUCUCCGGCUGCCGGAUGGCGGUGGGGCCGAGGCAGACCAGGCGGCCGGCGCCUCGGACGAUGACAUGAUCCGCCACUACCGGCGUAUGUCCGUGUCGCCGGUUCCCUCGGACCAUUCGUACCCCAUGUUUGCCCCGCCAGUCGGCGGCUUCGGACUGGGUGGCGGCCAGUCGCCGGUGUUCUUGCCGCAGUUCUCCCUGCCCGUGGGAGGGCUCGACUCGUCGGCGGUGCAGUCGGCUGAUCCCCCUGCGCUCCAUCACUCGUCGGCCGGCGGGGAAGACCCUGGGCCUGCCGGGGCCGCGUCCAUGUCGGCUGCCCACCACCCCCACAAUGGCGGGUACCCGGCGCUCGGUGGGGAUGCUGGCGCUGCCGGUGGCGGGACACCACUCACCGCCAGUGGCGCCUUCCAUCAUCAUCAUCAUCAGCAGCAGCAGCAUCAUCAUCAUCACCAGCUGCACCACCCGUACCACUUUGCGUAUGGCACGCCGGCGGCUGGGCACUCGGGGCAGGCGCCGGCACAUCCUCCGCAGUCGGAGCAACCGCCGCAGCACUUGCAGCACCUGAUGACACAGCACCACUCCCUGCAGCAGCAGCAGCAGCAGCAGCAGCAGCAGCCGGUCUACUCGCACGGGUCCCCCCAUGCCCAUGGGCAUGCUCUUGGCAGUCAGGUGUCGACCACAUUGAGUGAGGGCCUGGCUUUGGUGGCCGGCGGCGGGGCCCACCUUGUCCCUGGUGCUCUGUUCGACUACAACCAGUCAAUGCAGUGGUUGCUGGCCACGCCGCUCGACCAGUCCCUGGCCAUGCACAACCCCAGUGCCAGUGGCACUGGUGCGUCCAACAAUUUCCCCUUGACCGGGGACCCAAGCAAUGUUGCAUCUGCCGGGGAUGAUACUGCCCAGCAGCCGGCCCCUGAUUCAAGUCAGGGUGCCCACUCGACCCCUGCUGCCGUCGCUGCCGCCGCCCCAGCAGCAACAGCUCCGGGCCCGGUCCCGGCUCACACCACGAUGCAGCUUCUGGCACAGGCAGCCAACAGCCUGGCCGGGGCUGAUGCCACGGUGGUCACCUCGCUGGGCCCCUCUGGGGGAGCUGCUGCCCCCACCGGCAAGCGUGCCCGGCCGGCGGUGGCGGCCACGGCGGCGGCGGCGGCGACGAAUGCGACGACUGCCUCUCGGCAUGCGGGCAAAAAUGAACCCACACGCCAGCGGCGACGUCUUUCCCCGACAACAGCAGGCCGGACGGUCGCGGGGGACACGGCGGCCAGGGCGGCCACGGCGGCGGUGGCCGGGGCCAGCCCCCCCCUGCUUGGUGAUGGCAGCCGGUCCCCUUCGCCCGGUCGGCGCGAGGACGCGCCCUCCCACCCGCACAUCUCCACCAUCGACCUUGUGCAGCAGGUGGACCAGGGGAAUAUGGCCAACACCACGUGUACCCUGUGCAAUCGGUCCUUCUCCAAGCGGCGCGGCUUCUUGGAGCAUAUGCGCAUUCACACCGGCGAGCGGCCAUUCGUGUGUGACUUUGUCGAUGUGGACGACGAGGAGAAUCUCGAUGACAAUGAGCAGCCAGCCCCGCCACGGCCCUGCCACAAGGCCUUCCGCACGGCGACACAGCUAUCCCGGCACCGGGCUCUGCAUGUGGACCACAAGCCGUACCGGUGUCUGGUGUGCUCGGCGGCCUUCAAGCGCCGGCAUCACCUUCUCCGGCACUACCUGACGCACACCGGUGCCCGGACCUUCAAGUGCCCGGUGCCCAACUGCGGGAACUCCUUCAAGUAUACGGACACCCUGCGUCGGCACAUCCUGCGCCACCGCCGGGACGGUCUGAAUGUGCCCUUCUCGCCGGAGCUGUCGCGCAUCGAGCCGGAGGUCGGCGAGGCCGAAGAAGCCAAGGCCUUCAUUCAGCGUGUGCAGCAGCAUACGGCUGCCAUUGCCGCGACGGCCAGCCGCGCCGGCCCCGGCGACGAUGUCCUGUCCUCGCUCGAGGGGGAGGACGAGGAGGCAUCCUCCUCGGACGUGGCAUCCGGAAACCCCCUCUCCGACAGCGAGGUUGAGUAGGGGCGCGCCACGCGCCGCCGCGGUGUCUGCACGAUGUGUGGUGCAGAGAGUCACGAGGAGCGGCAAAACUCCCCUCCGUGGCUCUGCGUCACUGCGCGUCCGCGCGCCGCCCGCAUGCGCAUGCGCAUGCGCAUG